UGUGGGUGGGUGUGUGUGCGUGCAUUGGCAAUUUUAUCAUGUAAAUCUUGUUGGGCAAAGAAAUAAAAAAUAAAAGUGAGAUGCAUGCCAGUAAAGCCACUAUACAACACAACUGUUGACCGGUAGUGUAAAUAUAUUUAAUUUGAUUUAUUUUUGCUAAAAAAUGUGGGGCUAUAAACAGGUGGGGCUCUGCCACUGUGUGUGUGUCAGAGAGAAGCGCCCAUUUCUAGUGUUACAUUCUUAUCUUUUCAUUCUUCCAGCUAGGCCCCGAGGCCCACGUCUAAAACGACUUUUCAUGUUCCUAAAUGCUCUUUCGCGCACUUUCUCGAACCUGUUGCCUAUUGCCUGUUCAUAACGGUCCAGCAUGUUCGUUCUCCGCCCUGUGUUCAGCGCUACUGGUGUGGUGUCGGGUUGCCUCCAACUCUAGAAUAUUCACAUGCUUUCCCAGAGCCUCGCAACGGCUGCAGUAACUAAUAUUAGCGGCUGUGUCACAGACGUGUCACAGAAGAAGUGUGAUCAUUCUAGAAAGCUGUUUUUUUUAUGUAUAUAAGCCAUGGAUCUCUCUCAGUUGAGGUAUAUCUUUUUGGAAUAACCACAAGACUCAAGAGCAAAGACCCGACCAGGGGGACGGAAACCACUCAGGACUCAAAACGAGGCCCUUCAAUAUAUCAAGAGGAGAACCAAGCUGUCUACUGUUGUAAGUUAUAAUGUUGACGCUGACGGGCAGUUCGUAGACCAUGCCUAUACAGUUACCUUAGAUGGAUUGGUUAUUGAUUCUUCUGACUAUGAACAGGGAGAGAAAAAACAUGAUAUUACCAAAACCGUAAAAUUAAAAAAAUAAUAAUAAUCAAAUGUAAAUAAGCAGUUAUUUACAUGAGUUAAAUUGUAGAUAUGUAGACUAUAUCCAUGUACAAUAUUAGACUGUACACCUCUAGACAUCUCAGUUGAGUGUAAAUGACUGAAUCCUAUCAUAAAGUACAAAUGUCAUAAUAACAACAGUAGGAUCUUUAAUAAAAUACAGAAAAUAUUCAAUCAUGAUAAUAAAAUGUUGUUGUUCUUAAUCUUACUCAUGCAGGAACUCAUAAAAACAACAAAUUAUUAACCAAGAUGUCUUCAGCAAAGGGAGUAUCCAUUGGCAUUGACCUGGGCACCACCUACUCCUGUGUGGGGGUGUUCCAGCACGGCAAGGUGGAGAUCAUCGCCAACGACCAGGGGAACAGAACAACUCCUAGCUACGUGGCCUUCACCGACACAGAGAGACUCAUCGGAGACGCGGCAAAGAACCAGGUGGCCAUGAACCCCACUAACACUGUGUUCGACGCCAAACGUUUGAUCGGCAGGAAGUUCGACGACCAGAUUGUUAAGUCAGACAUGAAGCUGUGGCCCUUCAAGGUGAUCAGCGAUGGUGGGAAGCCCAGAGUCCAGGUGGAGUUCAAGGGAGAGACCAAGGCCUUCUACCCCGAAGAGAUCUCCUCAAUGAUCCUGGUCAAGAUGAAGGAGAUUGCUGAGGCCUACCUGGGCCAGAAGGUGUCCAAUGCAGUCAUCACAGUCCCUGCCUACUUCAACGACUCCCAGAGGCAGGCUACUAAAGACGCCGGGGUGAUCUCUGGUCUAAACGUCUUGAGGAUCAUCAAUGAGCCCACAGCGGCGGCUAUCGCCUACGGCCUGGACAAAGGCAAGAAAGGGGAGCGCAAUGUUCUCAUCUUUGAUCUCGGCGGAGGCACCUUUGACGUCUCCAUCCUGACCAUCGAGGACGGGAUAUUUGAGGUGAAGGCCACAGCUGGGGACACUCACCUGGGAGGGGAGGACUUUGACAACCGCCUGGUCAACCACUUUGUGGAGGAGUUCAAGAGGAAGAACAAGAAGGACAUCAGCCAGAACAAGAGGGCAGUGAGAAGGCUGAGAACAGCCUGUGAGAGGGCCAAGAGAACCCUCUCCUCCAGCUCCCAGGCCAGCAUCGAGAUCGACUCCCUCUUCGAAGGCAUGGACUUCUACACCUCCAUCACCAGGGCUCGGUUUGAAGAACUCAACUCGGAGCUCUUCAGGGGAACCCUGGACCCGGUCGAGAAGGCCCUGAAAGACGCUAAGAUGGACAAGGCUCAGGUCCACGAGAUCGUCCUGGUCGGUGGCUCCACUCGAAUCCCUAAGAUUCAGAAGCUCCUGCAGGACUUCUUUAAUGGAAGGGAACUCAACAAGAGCAUCAACCCGGAUGAAGCGGUGGCUUACGGCGCUGCCGUCCAAGCGGCCAUCUUGAUGGGCGACACCUCUAAGAACGUCCAGGACCUUCUCCUCUUGGACGUGGCUCCUCUGUCCCUGGGCAUCGAGACGGCAGGAGGGGUCAUGACCGCCCUGAUCAAACGUAACACCACCAUCCCCACCAAGCAGACCCAGAUCUUCACCACCUACGCUGACAACCAGCCAGGUGUGCUCAUCCAGGUGUACGAGGGAGAGAGAGCCAUGACCAAGGACAAUAAUCUGCUGGGAAAGUUUGAGCUCACGGGUAUCCCUCCCGCUCCGAGAGGAGUUCCACAGGUCGAGGUGACCUUCGACAUUGAUGCCAACGGCAUCCUGAACGUGUCGGCGGUGGAUAAAAGUACAGGCAAAGAGAACAAGAUCACCAUCACCAACGACAAGGGGCGACUCAGUAAAGAAGACAUAGAGAAGAUGGUGCAGGACGCAGACAAAUACAAAGCUGAGGACGAUGCCCAGAGGGAGAAGAUAGCAGCCAAGAACGGGUUGGAGUCCUACACGUUCAACAUGAAGAGUAGUGUAGAAGACCCAAACCUGGCAGGGAAGAUCAGAGAGGAGGACAAGAAGAAGGUUGUUGAGAAGUGCAACCAAACUAUCUCCUGGUUGGAGAACAACCAGAUGGCUGAGAAAGAGGAGUUUGAGUACCAACAGAAGGAGCUGGAGAGAGUGUGUUACCCAAUCGUAUCCAAGCUCUACCAGGGGGCGGGAGGGGAUCCUCCAAUGGGGAGUUGUGGCAGCCAGGCUGGGGGCGGUGCUAGCUCUCAGGGCCCUACCAUUGAAGAGGUGGACUAAAUAAUCAAUCAGUAAAUCAAUUGCCGAUCAAUGGAUCAAUCACUAAAGAGGCCUCAUAAGCUAAUGGUGCUUCUAAUACAAGUACUGUUUGUCAGCUAGCUCAACUUUCAUAGCACUAUAUAUGUACAUAGAUUUGCUGUCACUACAAGUGCACUUUAUUUUUUGUGUCAAAACUUCAACCAUAAACUGUUUGCAGAAAUUCAUUAAAUGGUGAUGACGUGCAUCAGAAA